AUGGGAGAUGAUGAUAGGAGAGAAGAAUCCUCAUCCGUUCCAGAACAUCGGAUUCCCAAAGGGCCCAAGGCCGACCGUCAAGAGAAGGAGGACGCAUCGGCCGUCCCACAACAAGAUGCGCGUACCGAGAACGACGGGAUCAAGGACAACCCGCAACUAAUUCCCACGGAACCCAAAGCUGACAGACUGGUGAAGACUUGGCAGGCUGGAACCAGGCCCGUUCCAGAACAAAAUGCACGUCCCAGGGACGACUGGUUCAAGAACCUAUAUCUAAUACCCAAGGAGCCAAAGGCUGAUAGACUGGCAAAAAGUCGGCAAGCAGACACCAAACUCGUUCCCGAACAAGACGCACAUAUCAAGAACGAUUGGAACAAGAGAAAACAGCAACCAAUACCAACGGAGCCGAAAGCUGACAGACUGGCGAAGAUAAGCGCGAACUCCUUGUCGACUCCAUCGGCUUCAUCGGACGGUGACGAUGGCAAUCUCUACGAUCCCAACAAGACUGAAGAGGAGAAAGAGAAGAUACGGCAGGAAAUCAAUGAGCAUAAUAGGGGCCUGCUGGUCCCGCCAUGGUCCGGUCCAAACCUGGGUCCUGAGAUGCAGGAUAUUGAGCGUGGUUAG